AUGGCCAAGAAACGAGCAAGAGAGGCCGAUGGCCAGUCUGCGCCUCAGGACGCCUCAGUUGACAAAAUGGACGAGGAUAGUUCUGACGACGAUGACUUUGAUGUUGUCAACGUGGAGUUUGAGUGGUUCAAUUUCGACCCCGAAAUUGAUUUUCACGGUAUCAAGACUCUCUUGAGGCAGCUCUUCGAUGUCGAUGCCCCGCUAUUCGAUGUAUCAGGCCUGGCCGACCUGAUCCUCGAGCAACACACCAUUGGCUCUACCGUCAAGGUCGACGGGAAGGGAAAUGAUGCAUACGCCUUCCUGACCUGCUUAAACCUCUUCGAGCAUCGGGAAAAGGAGCCUGUCGCACAUCUCAUUCAGUACCUCUCAGAGAAGGCAAAAACGACAAACUCCCUGUCAGUGAUUCCUGAGCUGUUGGCUUCCGGAAAGCAUGUCGGCCUCAUUCUAGCUGAACGUCUGAUCAACAUGCCUCCUGAGAUCUCGCCACCGAUGUACUCAAUGCUCAUUGACGAGAUAGAGGCUGCGGUAGAGGAUAAGGAGCCCUACGAAUUCUCACAUUACCUCAUUCUCUCAAAAACAUACAACGAAGUUCAGUCAAACCUCGACGUCGAGGAGAGGAAGCGAAAGAAGGCCAAGGAUGAAGCACCUCUUUUCUAUUUCCAUCCUGAGGAUGAGGUACUCCAAAAGCACGCUACUGCCUCGGGGAGCUUCCCCUUCACUAAGGAUGACGAGUCGAUAGCGGACAGCAAGAGGGCUUUCCAGGAGAUGGGGGUCAAGUCACAGGGAUCCAUGAUAUUGAUUGAGGCAGGCAAGUUUGAGGGCGCUGUGAAGGCCAUUACAGAUUAUCUAAGUCCACCGUCUUGA